AGAGGGAUAACAUCUCUACAUUUCCUUAAAUAUGGUAAAGCUAACUAUAAUUGGAAGGUUGAGAGAUAGGCUGCCCCUUGCGCAGGUUCCCAGGUACCAGAAUGAAGAAAAUGAAAGUUUUUCAUAUUACAAACAUCAAGGAGAAUUCAUUCUCAAAGAAAUCUCUAGAGGAGCCCUAUCACUUUCUAGGAUGACCAUUCGCCUUGAUCAUCAUUCCUUCGAAUAGUGUCAUUGGCAAUAUUAGAAAGCAAUAUAUGGACACAAGAACACAAACCAAUCUAUCAAAACUGAAUGCUUGUCGUCAACAAGAUCUUGAUAUAAUCACUGAAAACAUGUCUCAGAUUAUAGAAAGAAGAAGAAAUUCCGGUAAUUCUAUGUGCCUUUUGUCUGUGCAGUUGUAGCUUAAUACUUAAGUCCUUCAACAAGAAAAAUGAUGAAGUCCAGACAACGUUUUCUUCCGUGGUGCAGAAAUAUUUGAGAGAGUUGCAACUAACUCUCAGCCUCUUUCCCCUUCAAUAUGGUGCUCCCCUCGUCUUGAGGCGAUUGCUUUGAUAUGGACACCUAUUACAGUCAUAGCUGCUGUUGCUGCUGUUCUUUUAUGGACCAGCUAUUUCCUCACAGAUGACUUCUUCAUUUCAGCUCAAUAAAAAUUGAGGUACAAAGGAAACAUGAUUAAAAAAAUGGCUUGAUACUUGGAUUGUGAGAGUUGGAGCUUGUAAUAAUUGUAUUCAAACAAU